AUGAAUCCAUUCCUAUUCCUAUUUCCGUUCCUAUUUUUCACUCACGAAUCGGUUUCUCAACAAACGUAUUCCGGAAACCACAUUCUGGAAUGUAACAAUUCCAACAAAUCAGAACGAACCCCGGAAUUCCUCUACACUUGCAACGGAAUCCAAUCGUGUUCCACCUUCUUAAUCUUCAAAACUCAACCUCUUUACAACACAAUUUUCACCAUUUCCAAGCUUAUGUCAACGGACCCUACGGAUGUCGCCCGAAUCAACGGAAUCACUGAUUCCGCCGGAAUCUUGCCACUAAACAAAGAGCUAAUUAUUCCGGUUACAUGUUCUUGUUCUGGUUUAACCACAUGUGAUUCCCUCCAAAAGAACAAUAUUUAUAAAGAAAAUGAUUUACAAGUUGGUGGCAAGAUUCGUGUUCCACUUAGAUGUGCUUGUCCUACGAAUAGUCAAACCAUGUCCAGAAUCAGGUUUCUUUUGACUUACUCGAUUACUUGGGAAGAUUCAAUCAAGAAAAUUAGUAAACAGUUUGAUGUGAAAUUUCAAGAUUUAGUUUUGGAAAACCGGUUUUGUUCUGUUAAAGAUUUGAUUUCUCCGUUUACUAACCUUCUUGUUCCUCUAUCUACUGAACCUUUAAGUACUCAAACAAGAACGUUCUAUCGGAAUCGGAAUCGGAAUCAGAAUCUGAAGCUGUCGAAGAAAGGAAUCAUGAUCGGGACGAUAUCAGGUGGUUUCUUGGCGAUUCUUUGUGGUGUUUUUGUGAUAUGUUUAGUAUCUAAAAGGAAAAGAGCAAAUAAGGGUAAAAUCGUAAAAUUGGAGUUGCCUAAAGAUAUCCAACUUGGUAUUUUUAGUGUUGAUCAAGUUCUCAAAGUCUACAAAUUUGAAGAAUUAGAGGAGGCCACGGAUGGAUUUACCCUCGAAAAGAGAUUAAGUGCUUCGGUUUAUAAAGGAAGUAUAAAGGGUAGAAAAGUCGCGAUUAAACAAACAGGGACAACGCGAAUAAAGAGGUGA